AUGACGGAUCAGUUCCAGGACAAACCCAACAUCAUUGCUCAUUUCCAUGAAUGGCAGGCCGGAGCCGGAUUAGUUCUUUGUAGGUAUCGGAAUCUACCUGUUGCCACGAUCUUUACCACCCAUGCCACCCUGCUGGGCAGAUACCUUUGUGCUGCCAAUGUGGACUUCUAUAACAAACUGGACCAGUUUGAUAUUGAUAAGGAGGCUGGAGAGCGGCAGAUCUAUCACCGUUACUGCAUGGAGCGUGCAUCCGUCCACUGUGCUCAUGUCUUCAGCACAGUGUCACAGAUCACCGGCAUUGAGGCUGAACAUAUGCUGAAGAGAAAAACCGAUGUCGUUAUUCCCAAUGGAUUAAACAUAAAGAAGUUCUCUUCGAUGCAUGAAUUCCAGAACCUGCACGCCAUGUACAAGUUUCGGAUCCAGGAAUUCAUCCGCGGCCACUUCUAUGGACAUCUGGACUUCAAUCUGGAGAAGACUCUCUUCUUUUUCAUUGCUGGCCGAUAUGAAUACUCCAACAAAGGGGCAGACAUAUUCCUGGAGGCUCUGUCCAGGCUCAACUUCCUUCCUACUGUCCAUCGGAGUGAUGUGACUGUUGUGGUAUUUUUUAUAAUGCCGACAAAGACAAAUAAUUUCAAUGUGGAGACCCUGAAAGGUCAGGCAGUGAGGAAACAGCUCUGGGACACAGCUCAGGCAGUGAAGGAGAAGUUCGGGAAGAAACUGUAUGCAGCGUUGCUGAAAGGGGAAAUUCCUGAUCUGAGCAAGAUUCUGGACAGGGAUGACCUAACCAUCAUGAAGCGGGCAAUAUACUCCACACAGCGCCAGUCACUGCCCCCUAUCACGACACACAAUAUGGUGGAUGACUCAACGGACCCGAUCCUAAGCACUAUCAGACGAAUUGGUUUGUUUAACAGUCGGGCGGACAGAGUGAAGGUGAUUGUGCACCCAGAAUUCCUUUCUUCCACCAGCCCGCUCCUACCAAUGGACUAUGAAGAGUUCGUCCGAGGGUGCCAUCUGGGGGUCUUCCCAUCCUAUUAUGAGCCCUGGGGAUAUACACCUGCGGAAUGUACGGUGAUGGGUAUUCCCAGUGUCACAACCAACCUGUCUGGAUUCGGCUGUUUCAUGCAGGAGCACGUUGCUGACCCAGCUGCUUAUGGAAUUUACAUUGUGGAUCGGAGGUUCCGCUCACCUGAUGAAUCAUGUAACCAGCUGACCCAAUUCUUGUACACCUUCUGUCAACAAUCCAGACGCCAGAGAAUAAUCCAGAGAAAUCGAACAGAACGAUUGUCAGAUCUGCUAGACUGGAGAUAUCUGGGCCGGUUCUACAUGCAUGCACGUCACCUGGCUCUCUGCCGAAUGUUUCCAGACAAGUUUGAAAUGGAGCCUAACGCACCGCCAAAGGUGAGUACCAGAACACAGUAUAUACUGGGGACAGUUCACCAAUUUCUGGAUACGCAGAACCCCUCUACCAUGGCUUUUGUACCUGUAAUGUCAUAA